AUGAAUAGGACCGGUACCCAAAUAGAACCAAUCGAGAUCAGUGACGAUGAACCGCCACGAGGCCAAAAGCGGAAAAGAGAUGCUUCAGAAAUUAUUCAAGAAGUCUCCGAGCAGUAUGGGCUACCUAGUCGUUCCACGAACCCACUAAAGUCAAACCCUCUCAAUCAUAAUAAUGCCAGCAACUCAAUUAGGCUCAAAAGACUCCGUUUAUAUGCGGAUAGCGUUACUCAUAUGACACAUUCACCAAACGUCCGAUCUGAUAUUAGUCAACUGAUAGUUGAGGAAUUCCCCGUGCCAUCUUCAGGAGUUGAUGAUACUGUCGUGCAACUAGAUGAAUGGUCGAUUCGUCGAGCAGACUCUGUCAUCAUCAAACCGAAAGCGCUGAGAGAAGUAUAUAAUAUCUCGGGCCCCAAGGAUUCUAUACUCACAAUUUCAUCCAGGAACCGACAGAAACCGAAUAAACACCCCGAUCGACGAGACCAAACAGCUGAUUCGUCGACAGGAGCCAUAAAUUUGUCACAACAGGCAUGGAUAGGCAAGUUAUCAGGUGGACUAUUGGACAUGGUCUCGGCGAUUUUGAAUGCUUUGCUCAAUUCACAACCUCAUUUCGUUUCCUUUAGCCCAAAUCACGAGCAUUGGGGGACUCAGAGUGACGAAAUCUCGACAUAUGCGAUCACGGAUGGAAGGGGAUUCUUCAACGGCGACGAAAUCGAAUGCCCCAUUGACAACCGCAAGGGCCAACAAAUAUCGUCAAUAAUUUGGGGCGUUGGGCCUACAAAAAAUGUCAUCUUUGCUGGAACGGAAUCCCGGGAUUUCGAUACAAAUACAACAACUGGGAAGCAAUCCGGAUAUCUGAUAAUGAACGACGGGCGGUAUAUACCUUGGAAAUAUACUGGGGCUCAGGAAGAAGUCCAGCAAUUGACGCUCAACCCAACUGGUACGCUUUGUAGAUCUAUUUGGGAAAUGAGGGACCGAUUGCCACAGAAUUAUGAGCAAAAUCGUAUAGCUCACGUUCAACUACCCAGUUUUACGAGGUUUAACAACGCAGAUGUCAUGAGCGAGGCAGGAUUAGUCGUGUCUGCAGCCUGGAGCCCCUGUGGUACUUAUAUUUCGGCUGCAAGAGAUGACGAUAUAGUAGAUCUGUACGACCGUCGCUUCCUACAACCCAAACCUCUAAUGCGUUUAGAACAUAUCACACCCCCAGUGCACCUUCCCAAGUUAAGAAAAGCUUUCGACUUGACUGGACGCGAGUCUCAAUGUUGCGUUGUGGUCAAGAAGCAUCCUGAUCACGGGGUGACUGGAAUGCAGUGGAUCCAGAGGGGCGGAUGCUUUGCAGGAAUGUCUUUGGUGACUGCAGGUAGCGAUGAGAUAGGUGCCGUCCGUCUAUGGGAUGUCAAGCAGGGCGGUAAGAGUGCCAUCGUAGCACAGUUAGAGGUUAGAAUAUUUGAGGCGUCACUUCAAAAUACUCAUUUCUGA